UCACUUCCGGCGGCCAUGGCGCCCUCGCCGCCGCGGCCCGGCCCGGGCUCCUCCGCCGCCUCCGCCUCCGCCUCUGUCACGAGCGUCGUCCCCGCUGUCGCGACCGCCCUCCCCGCCGUCGCGACGCCCCCCUCGCCGCGUCUGCUGCUUCUGCCCGCAGCGGACCCCGGCCGGGGCCGUCGAGGCUGGCGGGAAGCGCUGGGCCUGGCGGUGUCGGCCCUGCGGGCGGGGGGCGUGAUCGCCGUGCCCACGGACACGCUGUACGGACUGGCCUGCUCCGCGCUCAGUUCGGCCGCGCUCAGGGACGUGUACCGCAUCAAGGGACGCAGCGGGGACAAGCCCCUCGCCCUCUGUCUCGGAAGCGUGGCCGACGUCUACAGGUACUGCCUAGUGAGGGUUCCCCGGGAGCUGCUGCGGGACCUGCUGCCCGGCCCGGUGACGCUGGUGAUGGAGCGAUCCCACGAGCUCAACGGCGAUCUCAACCCUUUCACUCCCCUGGUGGGCAUCCGGAUCCCCCGCCACGCCUUCAUGCGGCAGCUGGUCCAGAAGUUCUCGGGACCCCUGGCCCUCACCAGUGCCAACGUCAGCUCGCAAGCCAGCUCGCUGACCGUCAAGGAGUUCCGGGACCUGUGGCCUCAGUUAUCCUUGAUCGUCGACGGGGGGCCGAUCGGAGAUGUCCAGAGCCCCGAAUGUCGCCUGGGCUCGACCGUGGUGGACCUGUCCGUCCCCGGCAAGUUCAGCGUCAUCCGGCCAGGCUGUGCCCUGACCCAGACGGCCGACAUCCUCCAGAGAAAGUACGGUUUGCAGCCGUCCGAGGACUCUCACCCUUAGCAUCGGAAGCCAGCGGGGUCGAGGUCGUCGUGCUAGGCACCGUGUGUCUUUGGGUUUUUAUGGCCUUGUUUAAUGAGGUCGGCGGGGUGGGCUCUCUCAGCCCUGCUCUUUGGGGGAGUCGUUCAAGUAAGUCAGCCCUCCCUUUCGGCCGAAUUCUCAUCUAGAGACCUUCCUGGGCGCGCUGGGCGGCCUCGGUUGGCGACUAGACUGGCGGCUGCGUCUUUACGGAUGGUUCCGGGGGGGAAAGCACGUCCGGGCCCCGUCGUCCUGCUCUGUGCCCGGAAAGUCCGGCACAUACAGAGGAACGAGGUGCAGCUUGACUGGCCGAGGGGAAGGAGCCCGGGCCUGGGUUCUAAUCGCGGCUCUGCCGGGUGCCUGCUGCGUGAUUUUGGGCGAGUCACUUAACCUCUCUGUUAAAAUGGUGUUUCGAACCUAUUUAGACCGUGAGCCCCAUCGGUUCAAGGACUGUAUCCAACCCGAUUAACUCAGAUCUACCCCAGAACUGUGUCUGACACAGGGCCAGCCCCUAACAGAUCCAGUUGUACAAAUAGAGAGCUCUUACCCCGUCCUCAGGCUAGAGGUGGGCUCCGGGUUCGAAAUCCCUUGUGUUUGCCGGAGCCUGCCCUAGCGUCAGGAAGUCACUUCGAAGUUGCUGGAUCUUUCGGGUAGGCUAGUUCGCGGUCCGGAGAGGGGAAUCGAGAAGUAGAAUCUCUGACCGUGAAGGUGCGUCUCCUUCCCUGCCUCUCCUUAGGGAUGGAGCGGCAGCGGCCCAGCGGAGAGACGCAGAUGACCAAAUCUGCGUUCGCCUGUUCCGGGUUGGAACGCCAAUGCAAUAAAAGCCCCCGAGGGCGUAAUUACCCUGUGA